CCAGCAUCAUGUCAUCAGUCACGAUAGUCAACUAGCUGCGUUCGGAAUGCCUUACAAGCCGGAAAACACUUACGAUGCAGACCGCAGAAUAUGGAGUGGACAAGAAGAACGCCACUAUUUUGCUCCAGAGCUAUCAAUAGGGGAGAUCAUCUUCCAUGAGAUGCGACGCCAUCCGAAGCUCAUAGCUCAAAUAUCUGUCACUGAAAACACUGUGUUAACACGGGAGGAACUCCACUUAAACUCGAUGUGUGUGGCCAGCUAUCUGAGAUCCUUAGGAUUAUUGCAGUCGGAUGUUGUCGGAAUCAUCGCGCGGAAUACCACACAUAUUUUUGCCGUGACCUACGGAUGCUUCUUCAAUGGAAUUCCCUUUCAUGCCCUCAACAUAUCAUAUGAGCAGGCGACUAUCGAAAAGUUGUUCAACAUAACAAAGCCAAGUAUUAUAUUUUGCGAUGGCGAGGACUACGAAAAAGUGAAAGCAGCUACGGCUAAGCUAGAAGUGAAGAUCGUUACAAUGCGCAACCAUCAGAUGGGCUCUAUUAGUAUUGAUGAGGUAUUGGCCACCCCUGUGGAAGAGAACUUCAAGCCUGCUCACCUCGAACAGGGAAAUCUUCAAACUCUCGCCAUUCUCUGCUCUUCGGGAACUACGGGCACUCCCAAAGCAGUGACCAUCACGAACAGCCGAAAGAUUCUUAACACUAGUCCCGACCUAACCACUGCGGACGUUCAGUACACGCAUAGCACUUUAGACUGGGUGACUGGUCUACUUACAACGGUUACCUCUGGGGUUUACAGUACAAAACGAAUCAUAGCUGAUAACCCAUUCGAUCCGGCGCGUUUAUUGCAAAUCAUUGCGGAGCACAAGGUGACGUGGCUUAUACAGGCGCCUUCGCACCUGGCUAUGACAGCAAACUGCCCGGAAUUCGAGAAAGCUGAUUUGCUUAGCAUACGAGCCUACCUAUAUGGAGGUGGUCGCUGCUCCUUGGAGGCGCAGCAUAAAAUAAGGAGUCGAUUGCGCCACGAUUGUAUGCACUUGGCCUACGGGUUCACGGAAGUCGGAAGUGCGGUGUCCAAAAAUGAUCACUUUGAUAAAAAACCCAAUUCAGUUGGUCGUGUGAUGGAUGGCUUCAAGUUAAAGAUAAUCGAUGAUCAGGGAAAGCCGUUGGGACCGAACGAGGUGGGCGAGGUGUGCGUCUACUCUGGUCAGUAUUGGCCUGGUUACUAUGGCAACCCGAAGGAGUCGCACUCAGUGCGGGACUCGGCCCUGUGGUUUCACAGUGGCGAUCUGGGCUACAUGGAUGACGAUGGCUUCCUCUACAUAGUGGAGCGGAAGAAGGAGAUGCUGAAGUACCAGAACAUCAUGUAUUACCCCCACGAAAUAGAAGACGUGAUUGCUCAGAUGCCCCAAGUGGCAGAGGUCUGUGUCUUUGGCAUCUGGAAUGAAUACAAUGGUGACGAGGCCGCCGCUGCUGUCGUUAAAAAGAUCAGAUCCACCCUACACGCACAGGAUGUGGUAGACUUUGUGAAACAACAUACCAGUGCCAAGUACAAGCAAUUGCAUGGAGGAGCCAUCAUCGUGGAUGAAUUAAAGCGAACUGCCAAUGGCAAGACCAACCGUCAGGCCACAAAGGCCUACUUUCUCGAGGUUAAAGAUAGAAAUUAAAGAGUUGAGGCCUAUUUUUAAUGGGACUAGUUUAAGUUGAAGUG